ACUUGCUCAACUUAAACGAUGAACUUAGAUCCAUGUACGUAUAUCUAACUGAAACUCCCUCGCAAACCAUGGAAAUCAACGCAAUCAUCUUGCAACCCCUAUAUGCAGAACUUGAGACCUUUCAGGAGUCAUGAAUGGAUACUUGAACAGCUCGAUGCCUGUAUCACAACACAUGGCAACUGUGAGGAUACCUCUUUGUCGAGCCUUCCGACCCGCGUUGUUGAUGUCAGCUAUGCGCCUGAUAAAGUGCGUAUCAUGGCAACCAAUGGGGCAAGUGGAAGAUAUAUCACACUCAGUCAUUGCUGGGGUGAUCCGGGUCUUAUGAAUACCAAGCUCACGGUUCACAAUCUCGAAGAGUAUAUGAGCGAGGGUAUCUCGCUUGACGAUUUCCCACCAACAUUUCGAGAUGCGAUCGAGUUGACUAGAAGCCUUGGCGUCCCAUAUCUGUGAAUCGACUCCUUGUGCAUCAUCCAAGCAGACCCGAAGAAAGAUACGGAAAGUCACACCAAGGUGGUGAGAGAAGACUGGGAGCGA